UGUCCAGAAUUUUUUUUUUUAAUUUCGUAUUGUUGGAAAAUUCACGAAUACAAAAUUUCGUGUUCAUUAUUUUAGAUAAUUGAAAGUGAAAUUCAAAAAAAUGUCAAGAAUUAAGGACCUAGAAAUUCGGGGCGUCAGAAAUUUUGGAGAUGAAAAAGCAAAAGCUAGAAUCCGUUUUUCAAAGCCAUUAACCCUAAUUCUUGGUCCGAACGGCACUGGGAAAACAACAAUUAUUGAAUCUCUUAAAUAUGUUACUUCUGGAGAGUAUCCACCUGAUUCUGAAAGAGGAAAAUCUUUUGUUCAUGAACCAAAGCUCACUUUAAACCAUACAGUUCGAGGUCAGGUAAAAGCAAGAAUAAUUGAUACAAAAGGUCAGGGACUUAUAAUAACUCGAACUAUGCAAGUUAGUCGACAAAAAAAUAAUUCAUUAAAGUUUCAAGCUCUAGACAACACAAUAACUCGUUAUGAUGAAAACAAAAAGCCUAUACAAAUUAGCAGUCGAUGUGCUGAUGUCGAUAGAGAAAUGCUGAUUGCUAUGGGAGUAUCAAAACCUAUUCUCAAUUAUGUAAUAUUUUGCCAUCAAGAGGAAUCAAAUUGGCCUCUAGAAGAUGGAAAAAAGUUGAAAGAUCGUUUUGAUGAAAUAUUUGACACUUCAAAGUAUAACAAAGCAAUGGAUUCUACCACCAAAUUAAUCAAAGAUUUACAAGCAGAAUUGAAUACAAUAAAAGCCUAUGAAGAAGGUCUGAAAAACAUGGUUGAAGAAGUAAACAAUUUAGAAGACAAGCUUAAUGACUGUGUAACAAGAGAAGGAAAAGCAAACAUAAGAAUGCAGAAAAUAAAUAUAUCUGUGAAACCUAUUGAUGAAAGGUCAGAUGAAAUUAUAAAAGUUAAAGAAAACCAUGAUAAACUUAUGGAACUAAUAAAAUUGACUGAAAACGAAUAUAAAAUGACACGUUCUAAGAUACAUACUCUGAAACAACAUAUUAAGCAUAUAUUUAAUGGAUCAAAAUCAGAAUUAAUUAGAAAAAUAGAAACUCAUGAAACAACUUACUCCCAAAAGUCUCAAAGUAAAAAACAGAUUGAACUUGAUUUGGAAGAAAUACUAAGAGUAGAAAAUAAUUUAGCGUUAAAAUUGGAAGAAGCUAAAAUUCAAAUAGGUGCUUUAAUGCAGAAGAAGUAUGCAUUUGAUGAAAAAAUGAUGAGCCGAAAUGAAUUGUUAAUAAAAAGUUUAAAAAUAUGGAACUUAUCAGAUGUCAGUCAAAUUUCCUCUGAGGAAGAGGCUACAAAUUUCAUUGAUGAGAUUGAUGUCAAAUUGAAAGAAUUAACUGUCUCUAUGAAAAGAAAAUUUGAAGAAAACGAACAAGAGGAAAAAUAUGUUCAAAGAGAAGUUGAUAAACUUAGAAUUGAAAAAACUGAAAUUGAGUCAGAAAUGUCUCUAAAAGAAAAAGAAAGACAAGAUAUUAGCUUGGAAAUAACUGAGUUGAAAAAUAAAAUAAAUAAGACAGGAGAAGCAGAGAAAAAAUUGAAUUUCAUUGAAAGUGAUUUGCAGAAAGCAACAAAAACCUAUAAUGAUCUUCUACAAAAUUUUAAUGAGGAUUCCAUAAAAAGAAAGUUACAGAUAGAAAUAUCAAUCAGAAAAGAGUUGAAUUUGAAAGUAAGUAACAUUGAUUGUGAAAUAAAAUCACUACAUCAACAAAGUUCUCAACAAGCAGAAUUGGAGUUGCAUCAAGCUGACACAAAAAAGAAAGAAGAACAAAUACAAUAUUUAAAAAACAAGAAUAAAAAUGAUCUAGAAUCAUUGUUUGGAAAGAGUAUCCCAGAAACAGGAUUGAAAAAUAAUUUAGAAAAAUUACAUCGUGAUUUAACGAUCGAAAGAACUCAAAUACUAAAAAAUAUUGAAUGCGAACAAAAAAAAGUGACAGAAGUCGAAACUACUCUUAAAUAUAAUCAAAUAGAAAUGAAAAAACUGACCUUUGAACUUGAAGAUUAUAGAAAAAAAGUAGAUCUUAAAUGUGAAGGAAGUGAUUACAAUGAAGUAUUAAAACUUCAGGAGAAAAAAGUUAAAUGUCUACAGGAUGAAAGAGGAAUCUAUGCCAAUCAAUCGGUUAUGUAUAAGAAGUACAUAAAUCAAUUAAAAUCAAAGUCUUGUUGUCCUCUAUGUGAGCGGGGUUUUCAAAAUUCUUCUGAUGAGAAACAGUUAGAAAAAAAAUUGAUUUUAGAAAUCGAAAAAAGCCCUCAGAAUUUAGAAAAAUGCGAGAAAGAGUUGAAAAUGGAACAAGUUCGAUAUGAUGAACUGCUGCAAUUGAAGCCAACUAUUGAGCAAAUAAAGGAAAUUGAAGAAGUUAAAUUACCUAAAUUGAGAAAAAUAGAAGAACAGAAGAAAUUAGACCUAGAGACGUCGCAAGAAAAACUGGAAGAUUUGAAAAUGUUAUUAAUUGAGCCAGACGAAAAGUUGAGUACUUAUAAAAACAUUUUUGAGGAAAUAAUCUUAUUGGAUAAUUAUGUCAAUGAAAAACAAAGUAUCAACAGACUCAUUGAAUCAAAAAAAUCUGAAAUGUCAAAAGCAGGUAAAAUUGGUGAUCGCUCCAUGCAAGAAGCUCAGAAUGAACGCGACAAUAUUAAAAAAAAGGUGACUUCAAUUGAAGCUAACAUUGAUAGUAUUCAACUUUCUCUUCAAGAAUGUCAAGAAAAAGUACAGAAAGCAAGAGAACAUAAAAAUAAACUAAAUGAAGAAGUACUAAAAAUACGUCAAAGUAUGCAAGAAUUGAAACAGUUGCAAGAUAAACGAAGAAGUUUAAUUGAAAAAGACAAUAAUCUUGAAGAAUCAAUAAAGUCACUGCGUCAAAAACUAGUGAUUGCCGAUAAUGCCCUUUCAGAAAAAGUCACGGAAUUAAAUGAACUCAAGCGAAAUAAUCGUGAAGAGUGUGAUAAGGAUAGUGAAUUCAAAUCAAAACGUUCCACUGAAAUGCAUGAGUUGAAAACAAUACAACACGAAGUAAAUAAGUAUAUAAAUAUGAAAAUUGAUAAAAAUUUGGGAAAAAUCCAAUCUGAAUCGGACCAAAUAAAAAAAGAUUGUGAUAUCAAAAAAAUGGAAAGGUUAGAUCUUGAAGAGAAAAUUCGUUCACUUGAAGAACAAUGUAAGUCGCAGGAAAGACAAAAACAAGAGAUGGAAGAUAAUUUAGAGCUUAUGAAGUUGGAGGAAGAAGUAGAAAAACUAGAAGAGAAAAUGUCUAAAGAUAAAACAAUAUUACAGAAUUUAAACUAUAGUGAGCUCAAAGAAGAGUACAUAAAACUGCAAAAAGAGAGAGAACAAUAUGAAGAAGAAAAAAAUUCUAUCAAAGGAGCCCUUGGAGAAAUGCGAAAUUCAAUUUCAAAACUGAGAAAAGACUUGAAUCAAGAAAAAUACAGGAUGGCUCGACAUAACUUUAAAGAAAAACAGUGUGAAUUAAUGGUUCAAGAGCAAGCUAUUGCAAAUUUGAAGACGUAUGUUACCGUUUUGGAUAAAGCUAUGAUUCAAUUUCAUGAAGAACGAAUGAAUACUGUUAAUCACUUAUUGCAUCAGUUGUGGACUUUAGUAUACAGUGGAAAUGAUACAUCUUCUAUUCAAAUUCGUGUACAAACGACAGAGGGCAUUGGCGAUAAAAAAAGGUCUUAUAAUUAUAAAUUGGUUCAAGUUAAACGUUCUACUGAAAUGGACAUGAAGGGAAAAUGCAGUGCGGGGCAAAAAGUUUUAGCAUCUAUAAUUAUUCGCAUGGCUUUAGCUGAUACUUUUUGCAGUGAUUGUUCUGUACUAGCGUUGGAUGAACCAACCACAAAUCUCGAUGAAGAAAAUGCUCAAAAUUUAGCAUGUAUGUUGUCAAAAGUAAUACAACUCCGAGCUCAACACAACAAGAGUUUUCAGCUGAUUGUUAUUAGUCACGAUGAAAGAUUUAUUUCACAAUUAUCAAAUCUUAAUGGCAAGCAAUGGUGUCAGGAACUCUAUAGAAAUAUUGAGGGCUAUAGUUUAGUCAAAUUACGAGAUGUCUCAGACUUUAGCAAAAAUGGCUCACAAAAUAUAACCGAUGGAAAAUUUGAACUAGAAUCUGAUGAUGAUGAAGAUGAUGAUGAUGAUGAUGGUGAUAGAACUGAAUACGCUGGUAGGCAAAGUAAGGUUUCCCUGAAAAAUUCGAGAAAAAGACAAGUUAGUCCAGAUGAUUCAUCGCCACGUCGCGUGACAAAAAGAAGAACAUAAAAGGUAUUAGAAAGGUGUCAUAAUCUGUUUUAAUUCCUAACAUUUAAUAAAUAUUCAACUACUUUUUAUUUCAAAAAUUAUUUCGGCUAUGAAAAUAUUCUUAGCAUAUUUUUACUAAUUUUUAUUAUAUAAAUAUUUGAUAAACUGUAUGAUACUGCAUUCCGUUACCACUGCUUAUAAGCUAUUAUGUUAGAUGUGUAUUGAAUUUGUUAUAUUGUUAAGACUUCGUAUGCUAAUGAAGGGGCUUUCUACAUAAGUUGGAAGUAUCAGUGCUCAGGUGUACAGCGAUGAGAAAAGAAAAUUAAAUUAUUUAUAAUCGUACUAAUAACGAUAAUAUAUCAAAUAAAAUUUAUGGUUAUAAUUUUUGUUAUCCUGCGCAAUCACUGAGCACCUAGAUAUUAAACAAAUAAACCUUGAUCUAUUCGGUAUGCAUCUGAUGUCUUAUGUUGUAGAAAUCCCUUAAAGGUCUAAGUAAAUUUAAGAUCUAUG